GUUAAAAUAAAAAUAGGUUUGAAUUGAUAAAUGCUAAUCUAUGUUUUGAUCAGUUUAAAAGAGCAUCCAUCACUCUGUCAUAUCAGGAAGAAAAGAGCCUCUUUCUAAAGUCUAUGGGAGUUUAAAGAAGAUUUUCUAUUGGCUGUAAACAUUGAGGGGAGGAGAAAGGAGAGGUGAAGACACUAUAAGGUCAAGAAGGAUCCAGGUUAAAGUAAACAACCCAAGCAAGACAACCAGCUCCAGUCUUCACAAAGCUAAACCAGGACAUUAACUCAUUUUUUUUUACUUAACAAAUCUAUUUUUACUACUUUUAUCUGUGCUACUGCCCUAAAGCAAUGACGGCAAAAACAAGACAACUGCACUGGUCAGAUGGGAAAUUUCGGGAAAGACUGGAGGAUUUUACUCUCUCUGAACACCCGAGGCUGACCCGCAGUGACCCGCGGGCGUGGAUGACCUCUGCGACCCCCGCGUACUCAUCCACAGGUGAGCACUACGCGCGCACGUCAGUGGAUGUCGCCAUGGACGCCUACAUCUCUGGAUCCAACAGUCCUCUAACAGCGCAAUCCGAACUGGAAAAAUCGCACGGUGGUGCCAAACAAAAUAUCACCGCUCCUCAAAAACACAGACGCGUGGCUGCCAAUGCGCGGGAAAGGCGCAGGAUGCAUGGACUAAACCGAGCUUUUGACAAACUGAGGAGCGUCAUUCCCUCCCUAGAGAACGAGAAGAAACUGUCUAAAUAUGACACCCUCCAGAUGGCGCAGAUAUACAUCACAGAGUUGUCCGAGUUGCUGCAAGGUGUUGUGCAGUCCGAAUGCAUGGGUUUGAGGGAUGGAUGCUGCGCAUCCGGUAACCACGGUAACCACUGUCAGAGGAGUUCGUCUGCACUGAGGACCAGCGCGUCUUACGCAGUGGACGCAACGUCGCCAAACUUUGUUUCGGAUAAAAGCGAUGUGACCUCAUCUCACGCCAGCGAUGGGGAAUCGUCUCAUUUCAGUGACAUUGAAGAAGGGCAGACCGCUGGACGCUGAUGGACCAGGACACCAUUAUUAAUC